UAUAAAGGAGGCGGACGAGGUGCAGCGCGCACUCUACCCCUCUCCACCAACUAGAAUGCGUCUGAUACUGGUGCUCGUAGCGCUCGUGGCGGCCGCCGCCGCUGACAAACUUCAACAGCAACAACAACAGAAACCUGCAAAGGGAACCCUCCUUGCCCUGCCAGUACCUGAACUGUGUGCUUCACGUCCUAAACAAUGGCAGUUCGGCAUCCACAACUACUUCUUCUCCUGGGACCAGGAGCGCCCUGGCUUCUACGAGGAGGAGAGCGCUAACCCGCAGGAGAACGUGGGCAAGAAGGUGAACUGGCUGGUGGCGCGCAAUGAGUGCCGUCGACGCUGCAUGGACGCCGUCGGUAUUGAGACCGAGGCUGAGAACAACAUGAUCUUCGACUUUAUAAAAAACCGCAACAUCACCUACAUCUGGACGUCUGGACGUCUGUGUGACUUCACAGGCUGCGAGACCCGCGAUGACCUGCGUCCCCUCAACGUCAACGGAUGGUUCUGGUCCAACACCAACACCAAGACGGCGCCCACCAACAAGACGCCACCUGGCUGGUCCUACCAGCCAUGGAGCCAAACCGGCCACACCGGCAAGCCACAGCCCGACAACGCCGAGUUCGACAUUAACCAGACCACCGAGUCCUGCCUGGGCGUCUUGAAUAACAUUUACAACGAUGGUGUUAAGUGGCACGACAUUGCCUGCUACCACCCGAAGCCCUUCGUGUGUGAGGACAGCGACCAGCUGCUGGAGUACGUCAAGGCCACCAACCCCAACAUCCAGCUCUAAGUCUCCUGCUAGCAAGCCGCUCUCACAACCUCACCAUCAACAACACUCACACUUCACCAUCAGCUCAUAAACAAGGGGCCAAACUUACAACAACAAAUGUUACCCUUCAUAAAAAACAUCCGCCAAAACGCUUUAAUGACAAGAACUCUUUUAGGCGCCAGUGAUAAACUAUUUAACUGACUCUCAAACACCUGCUGCAGACCUCCUCCCUGGGAUUUACAUAUAUAUAUUAUAUAUAUAUAUAUAUAUAUAUAUAUAUAUAUAUAUAUAUAUAUAUAUAUAUAUAUAUUAGCGUGUGGCUCUGUGACAGUAUGGGGUUUCAUCCAGUAGUGGUUCAUUCAUCCAUCUUGGCGGUAGGUUCAUCCAGCCGAGGGCUGAUGGUAACGUCUGGUGGAUGAGUUACACCACAAGUGGAUGAUGAUGCAGCCCGUGAUGACCCAGGUUGAGUGUGAGUGACCAGGUCACCCCACCAGGUCACCCACACUAAUAUUUAUUGUGUGAUACAUUACUUUAUUACUAUUAACUAUCUUGUGUACAAUAAAUAAAGAUUAAA